AUGGAGAAAAGGCAAACUGUGGAAAUUUUUAUUGAAAAAUGGGGUUGUGAUUUUCCCAACUAUCCUCUGACUCUAGCUGAUCUCAAGAAACCACAUGCAUUUAUGGGAGCCUUGUGUCAUGUUUUUGAUCGACUGGGUAUUGAUAAAAAUAUAAUUUUACAGGCUCCACCAGAGGAAAGCAACAAUAAACAUUUUAUUUAUUACUGGGACUUAAUUCCUGUGAUCAAUGUGACUCGUAUCAUCAACUAUCUUGUCUCCAAGAUGCAGCACAAUGGCACCAAAGUCACCAUCAUCCACUUUCUACAACCAACAACAACAACAUCACAUUCCAUCUUGUGUUUACUUGUCAAUCUAAUGGUAUUUAAUGAAGCAUGUAUGACUGACAUUGCACCAUAUGAACAGGAGCUGUUUUCAAAGAGAGAGGAGGUCAAGACAUUAGAGGAUAGAAAAAACAGGUUAUUGGAAAUGCUCAAUGAGCAAGCGGAGGAAAAGGGAAGACGUGCAGAAAGGCUAGAAAAGCUAGACACUGAGAUAAAACAUUUUGAAGAAGAACUAAAACAUGAAAAAGAAGCUCAUGAGGAAGAAAGGAAAAAGUUAGAUGUUAUUCUAAAUGAGGACAAACAAACGGAAAUAUUAUUAGAGAAAAAGAAAACACUCAGAGAUUGUCUCAUAGCGGAAGUAGAGAAUAAGAGAGCCCAAAGAGUUUAUGAUGCAGAUGAUAUUAAAGCCCAGGUAGAGCAAGCAGCACAGAAUAAUCAAGAAGCAGAACAGAAGUUAAGCUCUCUUAAAGCAACACUCAUGAAUAAAGAAAACCGCUUAAAAAAUUUGCAUGCAAUCAAACCUCACAUGGAUACAGGAAGUAAUUUGUUGUAUGAGAUUAUAAAGCUUUCUGAAAGUAUGAAAGACAAUGAUUCUAAUGAUUUAGAAUCAGACAGUCAAGAUGGUGAGUUGGAAGUUUAUAAAACAGAAGCAAGUGAGCUGGAGGCUCAACUGGCGGACUUGAGAGCUGCUAGAGCAGAAAAAGCUAAAAAGAGGCAAGAGAAUCUAGCGAGAAUGCAACAAGAAAACAUGCUGGCGAAAACAAACCUACAAGAGGCAGAAGAGAAGAAAAGAAAAAAUGUUGAAAGUGCAAAGAAAAUAACUCAGCGCAUACAAGAAAUCAAACACCUUACCACCAAAUAUGAAGAGGAGAAAGCUGAGGGAAUGGAAGAACUCGCAAGAAUUAAAAACGACUUCAGCAGUAGUUUGAAGUCUAUUGAAGAUUUGUUAAUAAAGAAAACUCUGGAAGCCAAGAAAAGAAUAGAAGAUAAAAUUCGUAACCGUAACGAAAUAUAUUAA